GAAAUCCCCCUCCGUAUUUAGUAACUCGGCGAACGUUCGGUCGACCUGAUUGCGUUGCGUCAUACUCAGUGUUGCGAAUUGCGAGAGUGUUCGUGUUCUCACUUCUUUUUUUCUCUUUCGCAAGCACUUUUCUUCUUUUCCACUCUUCUUCGUACCAUUUCUCCCCCUUCUUAUUCAUCAUCUUGGUCAGUCGUGUUCCUAUUAAUCAUAGCGAUCAGUUUAAAUUUAAUGCAAAAUCUCAUCGUUCCAUUGGUGUAACAAGAAGCAACAGGAUGCGACUGCAUCGUAUGAGAAAUAGAGUUUGCUGUGAACGCUUCGAUCUACGAAGAAGAGUGACGACGAGCUAUCGGCAAUCUGGAAGGAGUCCGAGUUCGGUUGCACUGCACUUCUCAAGACUCUCCUCCGAGGUGCCGAAAUUGAUACAAGCGGUCAGAUAAGAGCGGACGAAUAAGCGGAUAAGAAAAUAGAAGGGUUGAAUUAUUAAAGAGCGUUGCUGCAAAACUUAUCUGGAGCGAUCGACUUCUUGAACAAAAACUGCUGUUUCUGCUGCUACUACCUGUUACUGCCUAUUCGCGGCGAUCCCGUGAGCUGGUACGAACAUCGUCGAUUGAUUUUAACGGAGUGACAGCGUGAAUUCUGGGUUCCACGGCCUAUCGCAGUGCUCGCGUACAACCGAGGUAAUACAGCGACAGGAAUUGGCCAAUCUCUUACUGCAGCGAUCUUUCCAGAGUGGAAAAGCGAAAAUUGAUGAAGACUGUGGAAUAAAGAGAAUUGCUAGUCAAGAUAAAGAUUCUCAUACAUUCUUCGACAACCGCAAUUAGAAGGGUACAAAAAGAAUAACGGAUACAUUGAAAAUGACAACACAAGAUACUAUCAUUACUGUAGAUAAACAAGAUUUAAUCAGUGCGGACGUGCCAAACUCCACAUCGUUUAUCAACACUAUCCAGCCAGCUGCUACAUUUUUCUCUUUUUUCAUAAAUUUUCCAGGCGAAUAUUCACCCUACACUGCAAUAGAGGCAUUUUCUUUGACCGCACUGCUCCUCUUCAUCACCUUCCUGACGAUAGCAGGUAAUGCUACUAUCUGCUUUAUCAUCAUAUACUUUAAAAGAUUUCGGCGCUCCAACUACUUGGUGACCAGCUUGGCGGUGAGCGAUUUAUUGGUCGGCUUAGUGGUGAUGCCACCAGCAAUAAUUUAUCAAGUAUCGGGCGACUGGUACUUCGGCUCUACUUCAUGCCACAUUUGGCUCAGCGCCGACGUGCUCAACUGCACCGCCAGCAUCUUUAAUCUCUGUAUGGUUUCCAUUGACCGAUUCUGGCUGAUCAUGAAACCGUUAAAGUAUGAAACAAAGAGGACGAAGCUGCGGAUGUCGCUGUACAUCACCAUCAUUUGGUCUCUAGCCAUGUGCAUUAGUCUACCUCCUCUUUUAACGAUGGGAAACGAGUACGUGGAAGAGCCGAAUGGACCAACGGUCUGUGCGCUUUAUCAGCAUUUUAUUUACCAAAUCUAUGCAAUCAUAGGAAGUUUCUACAUACCGCUACUCGUCAUAAUUCCGAUGAAUUACAAACUAUUCAAUGCCGCGCGUAAUAAAUCUGCAAUGAAUUAUUAUCAAGAGGGUCGAUUUGACAUGGAACUGGAAACUGAUGUCAAUCCAUCUUCCGAUGGUCGUAAGAUCAUUAUGCGUUCAGCGAGCUGUCCACGACAUUCUCACAACGAGCGUGUAAAACCGACCAGUCUGCCCAACAUACAUUUAAGAAGUACAGCCGCAUCUACAAGCAAGGAUAGUCCAAAACGACAUCCCGUCAACGAGCGUCGAGAGAAUCUGACGCGAAACAUGCUGCAGAAAUCGAUAAGAAUACUGAGGACACGUAACAAUCGGGUUUGCACAUGUAACAGGCGCCAACAAAGAAGAAAGAGAAGUGAACGGAAAGCUAGUACCACCUUGGGCAUCAUCGUUGGUGCAUUUAUUGUUUGUUGGCUGCCGUUUUUUAUGCUGGCACUAAUUAGACCAUUCUACAAACCUGAUGAUAUCCCACACUCAGUCUCGUCUCUAUUCCUCUGGCUCGGUUAUUGUAACAGCGCAUUAAAUCCUAUCAUUUACGCGAUCUUCAACAAAGAAAUACGUAAACCAUUUAUCCUGAUAAUGUGCCUACGCUGGCGCAAUCUUAAUGAAUUAAUGCGUGAAGAGUAUUACCAUCAACAAUUUGGUGAACGAAGGACAAGGAAUGGUACAAAUGAUGGUACAGAGAACACCGAGCGUGCGGAUCUUGUCGAUAACCAGAUCAUCGGUCAUUAUAAUCAAGAUAUCGACAAUAAAAUCCAGAAUGUCGAUAAUAACAACCAGAACGUCGACAAUAAUAAUCAAGAUAUUGACCAUGACAAUCAAGACGCCAGCAAUAACAAUCAGGAUGUUGAUGAUAACAAUCAACAUGUUGACGAUAACCAAGACGUUGGUGAUAACAAGCAGAUCGUCGACAAUAAAAAACAAAACCUUGAUGAUAAGAUUAUCAUUAACAAUCAAAUUGUUAUUAAAAUUGCGGAAGAAUCCAAUGAGAUACCUUCCUUCUGAUUCGAGGCGUGUUCCUCGAAUAACGAGGACGAUGAUAUUCGACAAAGAUCGUCGUCGUAUUAUAAAGACACGUUUCAAGUUGUUGCAGAAGUUCAUGCACCUUAUGCAACAGAGACUCUUGUAUAAUCGAUCAAGGAAUAUGCGAUGCAUGUUUUAGGACGGGAACUCGCCAUCUUUUCCUAGAAAAUCUUUCUAUUAUCUAAUUAAGGAUUAUCUAAAUAGGAAUGUGACUGUUCUUUUUUCCUAUUAACUUAGAUAUUUUUUCUACUGUCAUCAUCUUGUUAUCGUCGGUGUUCUAAUUGUUAUCGCCGAUGUUCUAAUUAUUACAAUCGACAUCUUGAUUAUUAUUAUCAACGUUCUGGUUGUUGUUAUCAACAUUCUAGUUGUUAUUGUAUAUCAGAUCAUUGACAUCAUUAUCUUUCUUUGUUGAAAACGAAGAAAAUGCAAUUUUUCCUAUGUAUCAUCUUAAUCGUAACUUAACCCGGAAGUGGUCGCACCCCGGUCAUUUUGCCACAUUUUCUCGUUCUUUUUCGUUCUAUAUCUCUCAACUUAUUGGUAUUAUAAUAUUUUCUUACGUAUACUUUUUUUAAUGUUUCUUUAUAUAUAAUAUGGAGAAACAGCACAAUGUUUAUUCUUAUGUAAAAUUUGACAUACUUAUAACAGUCAGUCUAAAUGACGGUACCGCGCUCACUUGCUACUUAUUUUGCUUCGCUUAUUUUUUUCGUUUUUUUAAUAUAACUGAACAUAACGUACUUCUUGAUAUAAUAUACCAGAAAAAAAUAUAAUUAUGGAUGAACGUAUAUUAAGUAGUUUUGAAAAAAUGUUCAAAGAUACCAAAUUCGAGAAAAGAGAGAAAAAAAAGAAACUUUUAUUUUAUUUGUAUAGUAUAACUAAUAAUAAGUAAUAAUCAAUAAGAAAACAUUUCAAUAAUUUAAAGGAACAUAAUACAUUGAGGAAAAUCGCCAAUGCUGGCUCACUUCCUAAAGCGGAAUCCCUGUGUUUCUUAGAAAUUAAAUAUUAUACUAUAUUAAUACUAAUACUAAAAAA